GUUUUUUUUUUUAAAAAAAAAUCAAAUAAAAAAAUUAUUAUCUCCGUUACUAAACCCUUCUCUCCGUUUCCACCUCCCUCGUCCUUGAACCCUCUCUCUCUCUCUCUCUCUCUCUCUCUGAGUCUCUUCCUUUUCCUCGCUUGCUUCAUCAAUGGCGAGAUCGGGGGUGGUGACGAGCUGAGACGAGGCGGGAUCGGGUCGGGUCCGCGCGGAGGGGGUGUGGGGCGAUGGACAUGAAGAGGUUCCGGAGGCCGCAGCAGCCGACGUUCCCGGUGCGGCGAGGCGAGCCAGCUCCCGGCGCGGCGAACGAGCGGAAGCUCGGCGCGGGGAUCCCGAGGCUAGGGUUGCUCCUCGUCGCUUGCUUGAUGCUUUUGCCCCUCCUCGUCGUCGUCGUCGUCUCCGGAGCGCGGCGGAGGACCUACCCGGAGCCGAUCAUUGGCUCGGGUGGAGCCGGAGAGGGGAGUGAGCUCGACGGAAGGGUGAGAAAUGGUUCGGAAGAUGGUUUCUCAACAACCUCUAAAAUCCAGAGAGACCGACUUCUCGGCGGUCUCUUGUCUGCUGGUUUUGAUGAAGAAUCCUGCCUAAGCAGGUAUCAAUCUGUAUUAUAUCGAAAAGAUACAGGGCGUCUACCUUCCGCUUAUCUCGUGGAAAAGCUGAGAGAGCAUGAGGCUCUACAGAGAAAAUGCGGGCCAAAUACAGUGUACUAUAAGAAAGCUCUAAAACAGUUGAAGUCUGGCCAAGGCAUCGAGACCGCUGAUUGCAACUACCUUGUUUGGAUAUCAUAUAAUGGAUUAGGGAACAGAAUCCUUACCGGCGCUUCGGCAUUUCUUUAUGCCCUCCUCACAAACCGGGUCUUGCUUAUCGACAGAGGUGCCGACAUGGCCAACCUUUUCUGCGAACCGUUUCCUGGGACCUCGUGGUUAUUACCUUUGGAUUUCCCUGUGGACCAGUUCCGAGGCUUCAAUAUUAGCACCCCUACAAGUUAUGGAAACAUGGUGAAAAAUAAGUUGCUUAACAACAAUGCUGGUCAUUCUACUGUGGAGUCACUGCCUGCUUAUAUUUACCUCCAUCUAGAUCAUGAUUAUGGUGACUAUGACAAGCUCUUUUUCUGUGAGGAUGAUCAGAAAGUCCUCGAGAAGAUUCCGUGGCUGAUACUACAUUCAGAUAACUACUUCGUGCCGGCCCUCUUUCUGAUCCCAAGCUAUGAAGAUGAAUUACAUAGACUUUUCCCUGAGAAGGAUACUGUUUUCCAUCAUUUGGGCCGUUAUCUUUAUCACCCAACCAAUCGGAUUUGGGGCUUAAUUACCAGGUACUAUCAAUCUUAUCUCGCCAAGGCUGAUGAAAGACUGGGCAUCCAGAUUAGAGUUUUUGAUAGUGGAACCGACCAGCAUGUUUUCGAUCAGAUCCUUACCUGUUCUUUCAACAAAAAGCUACUUCCUUUUAUCAGCCCGCAAGAAAAUAUUGCUCCAAUCACAAAUGUAAGGUCUAAAGCUGUCCUUAUGACUUCUUUGAGCUCUGGAUACUACGAAAAGCUGAGAAACAUGUAUUGGGAGCACCCAACUGCAAAUGGUGAGAUCAUUAGCGUCUAUCAGCCGAGCUCUGAGGCGUAUCAGCAAACAGAGAAGCAAACGCACAAUAUGAAAGCAUGGGCAGAGAUGUAUCUACUGAGCUUGACCGAUGAGUUGGUCACGAGCGCGUGGUCUACAUUCGGGUACGUAGCUCAAGGUCUAGGUGGCCUAAAGCCAUGGAUUAUGUUCAAACCUGCAAACAAGACCAUGCCCGACCCACCAUGCCAGCAGGUUAUUUCAAUGGAGCCUUGUUUCCAUGCCCCGCCUUUUUACGAUUGCAAGGCUAAGAGAGGGGCAGAUACUGGCGCGCUGGUUCCGCAUGUGAAGCAUUGUGAAGAUGUCAGCUGGGGGCUUAAGCUUGUUGACCAGAAAGAGUGAUAGAUGCAGUAAAUCAGUUCCUUGAGUUCAUAAAGAAUUAAGAUAUCUCUUCCUUGUAUACUUAGUAGUAUAUUAUACGCCUUUGUAUAAUGUUGAAAUCCAAAUGGCUGGAUGAAAGGCAUGUUUGGUUAUGUUAUAAGGUACGAAGACGGAAUGCUAUGGAUGAUGUAGUACCAACUUCGCUCAGAUAAGAUGCUGAUUUUAUCAAUUCCCCGAA